AGUAUCUUUUGCGCCCGUCGCUUCGCCGGAGAGUCGGAAGCUCAUAGCCGAGGCGGUCGUUAUAACAAUCGGAAGAAUGAACAGGACGGUUGCUAGAAAACUCGCCGGAAAUUUUCAUGGAUUCAGAAUUCCGUGGAGGAACUUCUGCAACAAUGCGACUGCCAAAGCGUAUAGCUCGAACAGCGGCCAGCCUUCCACUGAGACUAGUGAUCAACAAUAUGACAUUGCAAUCAUUGGAGGAGGCAUGGUUGGCAUGGCUCUUGCUUGUUCCUUGGCAAACACACCAUUGACAAAACAUUUAAAUGUUGCCAUCAUUGAUAGCAAUCCUGCUUUGGGAAGAAGACCCUGCAUUAAUAAAGAAGACAUCCCUGAUCCUAGGGUCAGUACAGUUAGCCCUGCAUCUAUAUCUUUCUUCAAAGAUAUUGGUGCUUGGCAAUAUGUUGAGCAGCAUCGACAUGCAUAUUUUGAUAAGAUGCAGGUUUGGGAUUAUACUGGUUUAGGAUACACAAGGUACAAUGCGCUGGAUGUAAACAAAGAUAUUUUGGGGUGUGUUGUAGAGAACAAGGUGCUUCUGAGUUCUCUAUUGUCAUGUAUGCAGAAUGCAGAUUCACAGAAGAAAAUUUAUGCUUCAAGAUUAACCUCAAUGGCCAUAUUGCCAAAUUCUUCUUCCAUGGGAACAGAUGGCAUGUUAUCACCAACGGCAUUGUUCAAUCAUGGGCGUUUAGCAAAGCUGGAACUGAGUGAUGGAAAUAGCCUGUAUGCAAAGUUGGUGGUGGGAGCUGAUGGGGGCAAGUCACGAGUUAGGGAGUUAGCAGGAUUUAGAACAACUGGGUGGAACUAUUCACAGAAUGCCAUAAUAUGUACUGUAGAGCAUGAAGUGGAAAACAAUUGUGCAUGGCAGAGGUUUUUACCUGCUGGUCCAAUUGCACUUUUGCCAAUAGGUGAUAAGUUUAGCAAUAUUGUUUGGACAAUGAAUCCAAAAGAGUCAUCAGAAUGCAAAUCGAUGGGUGAGGAUCUUUUUCUGAAAGUUGUAAAUCAUGCUCUGGAUUAUGGAUAUGGCCCUCAUCCUACGUCAAGUUUGUUGGGUAAUUCCGAUGUUUUAUCUUGGCUCAAAGGAGACAUGGCAAUAUCAACUAAAGAGUGCUUUGAAGUUCCACCAAAAGCAGUCAAGUUGAUUUCUGAAAGAAUGGUUUUCCCAUUGUCUUUAAUGCAUGCUAACGACUAUGCAGCAAGGCAUGUUGUUCUAAUUGGUGAUGCGGCACAUACUGUGCAUCCUUUAGCUGGUCAAGGAGUAAAUAUGGGUUUUGGAGAUGCAUCUGCUCUUUCAAGAAUCAUUGCAGAAGGGGUUGCAGUAGGCACAGACAUUGGGGAGGUAUCAUUGUUGAAGAAAUAUGAAUCAGACAGAAAAGCAGCAAAUGUUAUGAUGAUGGCAGUCCUGGAUGGUUUUCAGAAGGCAUACUCCAUUGAUUUUGGUCCUCUCAAUAUUUUACGAGCUGCUGCUUUUCAUGGUGCUCAUUAUAUUUCCCCACUUAAAAAGAGUAUCAUUUCGUUUGCCUCAGGGGAGCAAAGAUUGCCAUUAUUUUCUUAAGGACCCUGGUACCUUAGAAAAUAAGCUCAGCCAUAGAUCAUGAACACAAUAAAUAGAAGUUAUACUCUUACUGUUUUGUACUUGUACACAGAAGUAUCAUAGAGAACUUGUUUGUUUGCCAUCUUUUUUAACUCGAUUGAAUGCAGUUGCACUCAACGGGUGGCAUUGUGUAUGCAAUAUGGUAUAUGCAGUAAACAAUGAGUUAAAAGUUUGGCCCAUAAAGAAACCCAGAGAGAAGGGGCUUUCAAGUUUCAACCUUUGUUAUUGAGUUUGCAUGCUUACCAUGUUAGUGCCUCUUGUAUGAUCUACAGUAUCUUGAGUAUUU